AUGAACGGACGGAGGGUUCGGCAACGAGUCAAAACUGCGCCGUGGGUGUGGCGGCCAUCCCGGCAGAAUGGAACCAUCGAGUGGCCAACGGGACGUGGAAGGAAGAGCAAAAUACUGGAAGGAAUGCGGUUUGCGAUUGUCAAAUCAAGUCGUGGCCAGUCACAGCGCGAGGUCAGCCGGAGCAUGUACCUUUUCCGUCAGAAACAGAGUCCUGUCGUGCAUCGAGGACAGGCCUUGUACAUUCAGCCUUACGGCGUGGGAGGUGAGAUUUUGGGGCCAAAGCGGAUGGUCAAGGCACUGGGCGGUUCCAGUUUGGGGCUUGUUGGGAUUCUUGUCAUUCGUGGGAUGCAAAGCAUGUACAGAAGUAUGUUGAAGGGUUCCAUAAUUUCGUCCGUUUCGGCUGACAACUCCGAACAGUCUUUGCUGUCCUGCCUCGUGCUUGAAGGACUGACUCCAACCAUUGACAAGAAAAUCAAGACGCACAAUCAGCGUUGGUCUACUCAGCACAUUGCAUGA